AUGACAGACAAAAUCGGAGAGAAACAACUCUACAAGAAACUGAAGUCGAAAUUCGUCGGUCUUGGAGACGCAGACACUCAGCGUAAAGAAUUCCUUCAAAACGUGAAAAUCGAUACUUACUCUACAUUGGCUACGCAUGAUUCGUUGGUUGAACACCUAAGUGUUACAUUUAAUAAAUCGAAAUGUUUAGUGAAGCAGGAUCUUAUAGAAAAAAUUGCUAAGUCAUAA